AUGACUGAGCAUAUGGCGCGACAGAUCACAGUGCUGCAAACGAUCGAGCGAGUUCUCGCCAACUUCAAAAAGAUUGGUCGAAAUAAUUAUACGGCCACUAAAAUUCGGCAACGGAUGACGAUGUUGAAGGAGUCCUGGGCGGAAUGCCGGGAAAACCACGCCAUCCUCAUGCAGACAAUCCCAGAAGAGAAACGUGCCAACAUCAGUUACUUCAAGGACGCUAAAUUCAACCUACAUCAGGAGGUCUACGAGGAAACGCUGGACUACAUGGCCGACUGCCUUGAGGAAUUGGAACCUGCGCCGUCAGCGUCGUCGUGCAAUCCGCUGCAAUCGAUAAGUAGCGUCGAUCGAUCUUCAUUUUCGCUCACGCAUUUACCGCCGAUUAAACUCCCGCCCUUUUCUGGAACUCUAGACGAGUGGGAAAAUUUUCGAGAUCGUUUUAACUAUCUUAUUAUUCAAAAUAAAGAUCUUACUCAAUUUUCGCGUAUGCAUUUUUUGGCCUCGAGCCUCACCGGUCACGCGUUAGACACAAUUAAAUCCAUUCCGAUUACCGCGGCUAAUUUCGAGAUAGCGUGGAAAACACUCGUCUCGCGCUACGACAAUAAGCGCCGCUUAGUCGAAGUGCAUGUAUCCGCCUUAUUCGAUCUUCCGACGACGACGCGCGAGUCCGCGAUCGAGCUCAACAAACUCCGCGAUGAAGCGAAUCGAUCAAUCGCAUCAUUGAAAGAGCUGAAUCGUUCACCCAAGGCAUGGCGUCUGAAAACCGGUGAGGAUCCGCAAAUUCCGCAAUACGAGGCUCUCUAUCGGUUUCUGGAAAUGCGAGUUCGUGCCCUCGAAGAAUUGGCGCCGGCGAAAACCGAAAAAAAGCGUUUGCAAAAAAUCUCAAGCGUUUCAACAACCGUAUCCAAACUAAUGUGUCCUUUGUGUCAAGCAGCUCAUUUUAUGAGUAAAUGUCCACAAUUCAUGAAGAAGACGCCGAGUCAGCGCAAUUCAAACUCAGCGACCGCGUUGAACGUGACGUUAGAAAAAAGGGAAAGCAGCUCGACGACUACGUUGUGUUCGACGGCAGCGGCACCCGCGUGCAAAAAUGUAUUACUCGCUACAGCUCGCGUUACCGUUCUUUCGCCGUCGGGUCGCACACUUAACGUGCGAGCGCUUUUCGAUCAAGGUUCAGAGAUCACCUUUGUCACAGAGCGUCUCGCACAAAAUUUACGAUUGCCACAGUUUCGAAUACCACUCUCAAUUUCGGCCGUUGGCGCUGUAUACGCGGGCACUUGUCGUUUUGCCACUCCACUCAGGAUCGCUCCGAUCAAUCACAAUAAUACUCCGCUAAUAACGACAGCCGCAUCAAUUCUCUCCGCUUUAACGAAAUACUCGCCAUUACCGGCACCCCCUCAGUGCGAUUUAAGCUAUCUUCAGGGUCUUGAUCUCGCGGAUCCGACUCCCGUCAGUGCCGAACCAAUUGAACUCAUACUCGGUGCGGAUCUUUAUCCCGAAUUGUUUCUCGACGGAGUACGACGGGGAAAGAGCGGACAACCGAUCGCCCAGGAGGCGAUCUUCGGGUGGGUCCUCACAGGUCCCACGUCAAAUUCCGGUUUGCCGCAUCGAUCGACUACCGUGCAGCAUUGCGCGAGCGCGGACAAUCUCGAUCGAGAACUCAGAUUAUUCUGGGAAUUCGAAGAAGUGCCGCGCCGAGCACUUUUCAGCCCAGAAAAACAACAGUGUGAAAAUCAUUUCUCAACUACGCAUUCGCGCGAUGCUGACGGUCGUUACGUCGUGCGUUUGCCGUUCAGGCGCGGACCACCAAUUGACAUUGGGGAGUCGCGUGCCGUCGCUGAGCGUUUUCUGUCCGGUCUUCACCGGCGCUUGCGUUCGAACUCCGCUCUCACUUCGGAGUACGAUGAUUUGUUGCGCAAAUACGAGGCGCUCGGCCAUAUGCGUAAAGUUACAGACUCGACGAACUCCGCUCAACACGUUUAUAUUCCGCAUCAUCUGGUCAUCCGAGAUACUAGUGUUACCACGCGAUUAAGAGUUAUUUUCAAUGCAUUCAGUCGCACGACAAAUUCGACUUCUUUGAAUGAUCAUUUGCUAGCAGGGCCGAAACUCCAAACGGAGUUGCCUGCUGUGAUCUUGCGAUGGCGACAAUUCCGAUAUGUAUACGCAGCGGACAUUGCGAAAAUGUACCGCCAAAUCUGUGUUGAUUCGCAUAAUAUCGACUUCCAGCGAAUAUUAUGGAGUGCCAGUAACUUCGAUUCCGUGCAGGCUUAUCAGUUGACCACGGUCACCUACGGGACCGCGUGCGCGCCUUUUCUCGCUCUUCGGGUUCUUAAGCAACUCGUACAGGAUGAGGGCAGCUCGUUUCCUCUUGCCGCGCCGAUCUUGCAGGAAAACAUCUGCGUCGAUGAUGUUCUUUUUGGUGCCGACGACAUUCCGCUACUCAGACAAACUCGCGAACAAGUCUGCGCUUUGCUCGGUCGGGGGCGGUUCGAGUUGAGAAAAUGGGCUAGCAAUUCAGCUUCGCUGCUAACUGAUAUCACACUCGAUAAUCAUGGCCUCGCAUGCGAUCGCACUCUGCAUGUUGACGAAAGCCUCAAAAUUCUGGGCAUAAGUUGGAGCCCCGUUUCCGAUACGUUCAAAUUUACCGUCGCUCCAAUUAAGUCUCUCAGUAUUCCUCGGCUGGAGCUAUGCGCAGCCGUGCUGCUGGCUCGGUCACUCGAAUUCGUGCGAACCACUCUUGAUCUCGCCGCUUCUCCGUGCUAUUGUUGGACAGACUCUACUGUCGUUUUAGCCUGGAUUACUCAACAACCUGCUAAGUGGAAAACAUUUGUGGAACAAACGGAGCUCAGUUCGCGAACAUACUGCGGCCAAUACAUCGGUUUUAGAGUAAAUAAACCUGAUUACGUCGCUGUGUUUAUGUGCAUCAUGCCUGGAUGCCGAGCAUGCUUUGCAACUGGCUAA